UAUACAUAAGAUUGAAAACAUAAGGAGAAAAAUGAAUACCAUGUUACAGGGGAGAAAGCAUAUGUGUUUAAUAGCUAGGCUUCCAGGGAGCCUGUGCUUUAUGGUUAAUGUUAACACUGAACUUCCUGGCAGCCUAGGCAAAAAGGGUAGCCCCAUGGGUGACACCGUUGUGUCUAACAUCCAGUUAGUCAUAAAACCAGAGCAUCUGCUUGGGGAGGGGAGCCAUGGGGUGAUUGCUCCCAGAUGUGGACAGCUUGGCCAGUGCUCCAAAAUAUGUGCGUGAGUGGGAGUGUAUGCUGUGGGUGGGGUGCUGCCAUCAUGGUUUACAUACUGGCUGGAUAAUUCCUGAGCUUUCGGCUGAUAGCUCCAAUUAGAAGGAACGGUCUCAUCUAGCCAGCGGCUCAGUUUUGAAUGUGUCCAUCCAUGUCUAGGUCCUCUGCUGCUGUGUUGUUUAAUGCACAGAGAGGAGAGAUGACUCUGUUUCAGGAGAUCCUUGCCAGCCUGUCUGGUGAAGAGGAACACAGCAGGUCCUCUGGGCUUGGGCUGUGACUUUGGAGAUGGUUGUUGUGGCUGUGGGAAGCGUUUCCAGUGCCCACUUCUUAAACACGCGUUGCCUGGUUUCAGGGACCGUGCUUGUCUUUAGAGGCGAGUGACAUACUGGAUCUGACAGAGAGCCAUGGCAGUGUUUCUGGAGGCCAAGAAUGCCCAUUCGGUUCUGAAACGCUUCCCUCGUGCCAAUGAGUUCCUGGAGGAGCUGCGCCAGGGCACCAUUGAGCGGGAGUGCAUGGAAGAGGUCUGCAGCUACGAGGAGGUCAAGGAGGUUUUCGAGGACAAGGAGAAAACGAUGGAGUUCUGGAAGGGGUACCCGAAUGCGGUCUACUCAGUCCGAGAUCCUGCACAGAGCUCAGAUGCCAUGUACGUGGUGGUGCCCCUUCUGGGGGUGGCGUUGCUGAUCGUCAUCGCCUUGUUCAUCAUCUGGAGGUGCCAGCUGCAGAAAGCCACCCGUCAUCACCCCUCAUAUGCUCAGAACCGGUACCUAGCGAGUCGCGCAGGGCACAGCCUUCCCCGGGUCAUGGUGUACCGGGGCACGGUGCACAGCCAGGGAGAGGCCUCUGGGCAUCGGGAGACAGGGAGCCACCCACAGGUGGUGCUGGGGCCCAGUCGGGGGGGCAGAACCACCGUCCGGCUCGAGAGCACCCUCUACCUUCCCGAGCUGUCUCUCUCCAGACUGUCCAGCGCCACCCCUCCCCCGUCCUAUGAGGAGGUGACAGCUCCCCAGGAGAGCAGCAGCGAGGAGGCAAGCGUGUCUUACAGUGACCCACCCCCGAAGUAUGAGGAGAUCGUGGCGGCCAACCCUGGCUCAGACAAGUAGUGGGACGCGUGUCCUGUCCCAUGUAAACGCCUCAUUCAGGGGCCUCCUUUUUGCUUUUUAACUUUUUAAAGACUGUGCCACCACAAAACAGCCUUAGCCUCCUCGUUGCCAAAUAAUUUCCUUACCGUGGAUCUGUAGGAAGUCAGUUGUCAGAGACAGGUGGAGGCGGGUAGGGAUCAUGCAUGCAUGGAAACCCCCUGGUGAGAGCCGUGGGCCAGAGAGCCCAGCUCUUCCAGAAGCUCCCACACCCCUGCCAUCUGGCCCUCCUGUCAGGGACUGGCUUCUCUUAUGCCAAAGGAAUCACCCCAUGCAGUUGACUGUGGCCCCAGGCUCGAGCCCUGGGACCCCGCAGCUGGCCGGAGACCUGUUUGUCUGAAGCCUCACCGCAGAGUUGAGGGAGAGAAGCCAGCCCUCAGUGCCCUUUUCCCUCACUAGCCCUGUGCUCUCUGUCCUCACUCACAUUGGACAAGGACAAAGACAGAACAAAAACAACAGUAAUAACAUAAUGAACACAAUACAACAAAAUGAUACCACCUGGGCCACUGAUAGGGGUUCAAGGGAGAUCAUUCACACAGAUGGGUGACACCCCCCCAUACCCACCCCACACUCCCAACCAGGUUCAAAGGAAUGUCUGGAGCCACCUGAGAGGAGGACAGGCCAUGUGAAGGAUGAGGGCCAGGAGCUGGCUGGCCACGCUACCCCCUCCAUACUGGGGACGUGGUCAUUUGGAGGGGAGCUCUGGUCCUACUGUGCUUGGCCUCCCUCAGACCUUGGCUCUCCAGGCUCUCUUUCAGCUGGGCUAAAAGCCACUACCCAUUGGCCUGAGCCAUAUCAUGGCCUCGGGAAAACAGAUAAGGCUAACCCUGCCUGUGGAGCCCGUGGCCUUUGAACGGUUGGGCCACAGGCUGCUGUAGAAGGCUGAAGUUUUCUCCUUGUGAGGUUGGCCUGUAGGAUGAUUAAACCCAUGAACUUGGUUUCCUCAGCAUUGUGCUCUCUGACCUUCAACUUUUAGGCAACUGCCCUUUUUUGUGAGUAGGUGUGUUGAGAUGACCUUGAAUUUCAGACGGCUGAUUUCUUCUUAAUGAUGGUGCCCACUUGGGGAGAAGACCUGAAAGUGUCCCUUUUUAGAAAUUUCUUUGUGGGGGACCUGGGUUUGAGGGCCUGUCUGGGAUAUGCUCUGUCAUUGCCAGGUGGUGGUCCGUUUUUAGCAACCCCUUUCUGUGGCCCAGGAACUGUCCACCUCUCCAUUUCAGUGAGGCUUUGGACAGCAGUGGGGCAGAGGUGACCCGCCCUUUAAGUGUCAGUGACAUGCAAAAGACACUGUCAGCACUGCCUCCCCACCCCUCCAUCUUCAUCCUCCUGGCCUCAGCACCAAACCGUUUUUCCUCUGUGGUGCUUUAAAAAAUGUAGCAAAUUUUUGUGGGGCCCAAAAGAGUGCACAGCCAGGGUCUAUUGGCAACCACAGCAGUUUAAAACCCACUGAGAAGAUAAGCUUCUCUCUGUCUAAACAGCUCUCCAAGGCAGGCCUUGUGCCUCAUUCUUUGAAUGUGGCCCUGCCUAGAGGCCACAGACAACUUCUGGAGGCCCCUCCGGUCCUGGGCACUCACCCAGAAACAUGCUUCAAGCAAGGAGGCUUGUGUUCUUACCCCAGCGAGGCCGCCAGCUUGGCCAACUCAACCCUGUGGCCCGGGUUUUCCAUCCUUCCCCUACCUCACAGGCCUGCUGGAGGGUGAUUGAGCUAAUGCCUGUGUAGUGCUUGAGACACCAGGAAGCCCAGUGCAGUUUGCCCUUAGGAAGAUUCUUCUAGAAAUAUGUAGAUCACGAGGCACCCGUUUUAGCAGAGGUCUUCGGAGGGCUGUGAAGUCAAGUCUCAACCUGAGGAGUCAGUCUCCUGCCAGUUGGACCAUUCCUCCCUUCUCUCUCCCCACCCAUUCCACCCCGAGAGCUCCCUGAUGCCAGAGGUGCUGACCAGGUGGCAUCCCACCUUUCCUUCCUCCCUCUUUUCCUCCUUCUGGGCCUCCAGCACCGCACCCCUGCCUUUCCUCCCAAAGGCAUUUUGGGUGUCCACUGCCCCUGCUUUGUCCAUGAGGGAUGCUGGGACCCAUCCUCUUCAGCCAUGUUGGAGGACCCAGGGCACCCUGAGGAUCCGGGGCCUGUCCCUGCCGUCCCCGCGUUUUCUCAGGGGCCAUGCCUGUGUGUAAGCCAGAAGCAUGGGAGAGGACACUUAGCCCUCUGUGUCUCCUCCCCACUGGGCAGAGAGCCAGGAGUGGGCCCCACAGACCCGAGCCAGAGGGAGGACGCUGGGGAGUGCCUGCUCCCAUUGGCCCCUGUCAAGCCCUUUCCUGCCAAGCUGCUCACUGUUUGCAGCCAGUUUGAGGUGGGAGCCGGAGGGAUGCCCGGGAGCCCAGCCUGGGGCGGAGACCAGCCUGUGUCCUGCGGGUGCCAGCUCUCCCGUUCUGGGGCUUCACAGCAUUCUUCCACAUGGGGUUCCGUGGUCCCCGGGACGUUUCUCACAGUUUAUCUUAGACAAAAAGGCUGUACAGUACACCAUGGUCAUAACUCCCUUGCGGUGCACAUUUGGCUUUAAGAACGCCCUGUACAUAUCUUUUCCAACUCUGUCUUUGUAUGGAUGUCGAUUUGAUACAAUGUUCAAUCUGCGAUAGCCACAUUUUUGUUGCUUUUGGACUUCGGGUGUGUGUGUGUGUGUGUGUGUGUGUGUGUGUGUGUGUGCACAUGUGCAUGUUGCCUUUUCUCACAUGCUUAUCUGAAACAAUAGCCGGCGUGUGGCUAUAUUUGUACCAGGAGGGUUCCGGUCUGAGGGGAGAAAUGUCACCUCCCAGGGCUAGGCAGCCUGAGGACAGGACCCUGAGUCAGGAAAGCUGAGAUGAGCUGCUGGAGCAAGCCCUCCAGAGUUGCCACCUUCUGCCCUCCUUCACUAAAGCUUUUGGAAGAGGAUGAAGCAGCUCUAUCCUGUGGGCCUCCCUUCUAUGGGACCCCCGACUCACACACUCUUUUGGAGCAGUGCCCCCAACCUCUGGCUCCUGUUCUGUGGGUGUCAACAAUGGAAGGAAAUCUGAGCACUCCUGGGCCUUUUAGGUUUUUCUUUUUCUUUUUGGUGGAAAGAUGUGUGACUGUUGAUUUUGGGGUAUGGCGGGCUGGUUAUUUAGAUAUUUUUCAUUUAAAAACAAAAAGGCUUUAACAAAUUCCAUGGAAUGUGACUUUCACGUGUUUUCAACCAAAAUUUUUUUAAGACUUUUUGAAGCGAGCAUCACUAUCUUGUCCCUCCCCUGCUACUCCCCAUCACCUGGGGUUUUUCAAAAUGAAAGCACAAGCGGAAGUGUGUGCGGCCCCAGGACAGCUGCCUUGUGCCCUGGCUGACGGACAUGCGACACUGUGCCGUCUUAGCCAGAGGCCAGGGGCCUCCUCUUCAACUUGCGAAUCCCACUGCCGUUAGUGUGAAUUCCUUUGGGUGCUUCGGAAAAUAGGAACCUGCCCAAUCUGUUGGACUGUGUCUUUCUGCUAGCCUGAAGAUGACCAAUCUGGGAUACAAAAGCAUCUUUCUGCUAAGGAGUUGGAGCCAGAUGGCUCCUCUCUGGCUGGGGGUUGAUCUUUUCACAACCAAAUGGCAUCACACAAGAACUAAGAACAACACUGCCUCUAGAUUGUUCCUUUGUCCAAGAGAGGGAGAGAGAGAUUACUAAGAGAAAUUCUCUUACUCACCUAUGCUCUGUCUUUCUAGGAGUGUGCAUGUGUGUGUUAUGUGUCAUGUGUGUGCCCUCACAUUCAAGGCCAAGAUGGAGAGCUGGGUAGCCAAGCUGCUGUCUAGGCUGCUUGUCAGCAUGACAAGGAAUGCAGCUCCAUCUCAGGAUUGCACCAAUUCAGAAACAAGCACAUCCUCCCCACUGAACUCUAGUCAUACUAAUCAGUAUAAUUAGCUAAUUUAAAAGUACUGUAAUCAAACUGCCUGCAACUGUGGUAAAAGCCCAUUAAUUCAAAGCCCACUAGUUCAAAAUGUAGGAAAAAAAAAACACUUUUUUUCCCACCAAACUCUAGAUAAUGCAUGGUAUCUGCGAUUCUUCCUCUGUAGAAAUAUUCCCAAUAUUCUUCCCUUGAGUCAAUUUUCAGGUUCAUAUGUGUAAGAGGGAUCUAGUUUAAAACGAGUCCCUUUUCCCAAUAAAAGGCUCAUGAUAUGAUGGAUCCCUUCACUGUGCCUUCAGCAGUUCUCGUAUGUCAGGCUCUUUGUGUACACGAUGACCUCUGUUCUGUCUCUACUAUGUGCGUGCUGGGUAUGGCAGCGUUUCAUUCUCCUCCCUUAUUUGCUCUGUGAAUAAAAUAGUUUGUGAGCUAAAUUGCAAUUUAAAGUGAUAUAACUGUGCAUCAUGAUAAAUAGUCUGUAAAGCAGAUAUUUCACCAUCAGUCCGGCCACCCCCAUCAUUCACCCUCAAAUAUUCAAACGUAGCAAGCUUUCCCUUUCCCAGGCUGUGGGUGGUGAGGCUCAUCUGAGCAAGAAUUUCCCUGACAAAGAGAUCCAAACAGCCAGCCCACCCGCUCAGGCUCAGUGCCUCCACAGUUGUCCCACUGUCCUGAGCUCUGUGACCGGCGCCCAGUGCCUGACCCCCGCCCGCCCCCAGCCCGAGCAUUAACACAGAUAUUCAAGAUGGGGACAAGUCCCACAGCUUUUUAUGCCUCCCCAUCUGUCUCCCUGUAUGGAUGCCACUUUCCCAGGCUUGAACACACCUGUUCUUUCACUCUGUGAUUGUGACUCUGUGACAGUGGAAACCCUGAUAUGUGCAACCGAGCUUCUAGACGUGAUUACUAUGAAAUGGAUUCAUUUUGGUAUCACUUUAAACUGUGCUCGUAAUUCAUGCGUUGACCCAUGUCGGCUGGCAAAUCUGUACAUUCACUCAUAUGUCAGGAUUUCACUGAAGCCUGGGGUAACAAACAAUUGUACUUCUGCUUUCUCUCUCUCUCUGUAAUUGUUGAGUUUAGCUGUUAAGUUUUGUCUCUUUCUGUACCAGAAGAUAAUGAAUAAUAAUAAAGAGCAA